AUGUCUAAUGUUUCCAUAAAUAGUCAGAACUUGUAUGACAUAUCGCUCAACUCAAGAAAACUGUCUUGUCCAUCAGUACCACCACCACCACCCUCAACCAAAGUGAAUGGUGGAAACUCUGCUCCGAAGAGAGUGGCUUCAAGAAGUGCAUUACCCACAUUGAAAGAGCACAGUGCAUCUGUUUCAAAUAUACCGAAAAGACCGGGCGAUUACUACAUUCAAAAGAUCAACUCCAAGUCGUCAUUAAACUUGAACAAAAGUCAACCGACUGUUCCAUCAUCGUCGUCUGUACCAACAAACCCAUCCAGAAGAAGAAUGUCUCAAGAUUCCGUCAUGUCUAUCCAAUCUUCGUCAUCUUCCUUUGAGGACCAUGCACUGGUUGUGUCGUCACAAUUUGAUGCCCCAGUUGCCAGUUCAAGUUCUGCCAUUACGUCGAGCACUUCUCCAUCACAAUAUAGUCGAGGAUCUCAAGUAGUGGACUCUCGAUUAAGUUCAAUGACUUCUGCCUCAACAUCGGCAUUUGAAUCAAAAGUUUCUUUGGAUGAAAAUGAAUCCGCGAUAUCUUUGGUCAAAGCUCCUUCAAAUUUCAAACCACAAGCCUUAAAGGCAGCAUCGACAACAAAUGUGCUAAAGUCAUUUCCAGUACUGAAACCCCUCAGUAAAAAGGAACGUUCAAAGUCGGUGACUACAGUGCCCACCUUGAAUCGCACAAAAUCAAAGUACAUGAGCUCACAAGACAGCAAGGAACGUCAACAAUUGAGAAAGAAAAAGUAUGAGGAAAAUGAUGACGAUGAGGAGAUAUUGUCCAAUGACUUGGAUAGUUUGAUCUUCAACGUACCCGUGAUCAAAAACAAUGAAUUGUAUUCAUUGCAAAAGGGAAGUAGUACCACACUCAGCAAAUCCAAGUCAAGAUCAAACUCAGCUUCUUCCAGUACUGUGACCAUACUAUCAAGAAACGACUUAGUCAGUGAUGACAAUGACAAAUACAAUAUUAGACCCUGUCCUUUACCAGGAAAAUUGAGUACUAAUCAGUUGCCGACACUUUAUACAAACAACGAUGAUAGUAUAAUUGAAGAAGAUGAGGCCACUUUUGAUGAGGAUUCGGAAAUCACCGCCAACAUUUCCGAUUUUUAUUCCCAAAGAAGUGCUUCGGUUUCAAAAUUGAUGAAAAUGACAAGGGAGCAAAAUUUGAUGUAUAAGUUACCGUCUUUUAUCAAAUCCCAAUCAUCAAUGGAAGAUUUGCACUUGAUAUCACCCGAAAAGUUGAAUUUUCUUGAUCAAACUAGACCAAUUAAUUUACCACCAAAACCAGCGUCCGACAAGACCAAACAUAAUCGUGAGUUCACAAAGAGUCUAAGUCUGUUUGAAAGUGUUGCCAAGUCUCAACACGACUCAAGAAUCAAAACUGUUCAAUCAGCACUUUAUCACCAGCAACAAUGGAUUAAGAUACUAAACUCCUUGAUGGAUUUGGACACGAAGCAUUUCAACAAAAAGUUCACUAGUGAAAAGAAUCAAUUGAGAAAGCUAGCCUGGGAUUGCAAUGUUCCUUCAAAUCUAGCAUUCCAGUUCUUGAUGAAAAUAUUGUCCAACAACUACUCAUCGCAAGACUCGGUGAACACGAUUCGUAACCUGUUUGAGUUGUUUGACCAAAAAUUGCAAGGGUUGACUGAGGUAAUGAAACAGAGUAAGAAUCGUGAAUUCAACAAAAUAAUGGACUCGGUAUUGUCAAAGCCCUUGAUUGCCAACUCUGGUGUUGAUAUGAGUCAAUUCAAGACCAACUUUAUCCAUCUUUUGUAUAUAAAGAGCAUGAGUGAAACCGGCUUAUCAGAAAAGGAUCAUUCAACAAUCCCCAUCAUCUUGACUAUAUUCCCCCAGCAAUCUGUCAUUGACAUUUAUUGUUUGUUAGAAUUGAUCAAUCAAGAGAUUUUCAACCGUGAAUUCAUCAACAGUUAUACUCCACCCUCGGGAGAAACUAGUGAAUUGACUUUCCAUGACACAUUUAAGUUGAUGCUUCAAUUUAAUGACUCGUUACCAUUAUCAUUAUCGGCUCCAACCACACCAAUCAUAGAUCAAGGCAGGUUCGAGCCGGUCAAAAGCGAUGAAAGUCAGGACAAAAACUCAACCAACUUGGUUGUAUCUCCAACAUCAGCAAGUAUUGAGAUUGUAACCAAGUUGUUGACACUACUCAUUAUCAAUUCGCAAUCGACCAAAACCAAAUUGAAGAACAAUCAAAAGUUGAUAAAACUGUUCGUCAAGACGAUGUUUUUGGAUUUCCAUCUUGGUUGGAAUUCGUAUAGUGAAUUGAUCAAACUGGAUAAAUCAAUCAGGAUCAACAACUGUUCUGAUCAAAGGUUGAAUUUGGAAAGGUUUGUAGCAAGGUGGACGUCACAUCAUUUUGGGUAA